AUGGACAAUCAAUAUUACUACAAAUUAAUGGCGAGCUACCUAUCGAAACGUAACUGCGACGAAUCGUUUAUGAGGUAUUUCUUUGGUAAGAAUGCCACAAAGAAGACGCCUGAGGAGUUAGAGCGGGCUGAUGAGAGGAAGAGACGACUUCAGAGGGAGAGAUCGCGUCGAUAUCGUGCCUUGAAGAAUGCCCGGCGACAAAACGAUAAUAGCCGCGACAGCACUGAAAACGAUUCCGCAUCAGCAAGAAGUAAGUCUCGCACUUUAUCUGUCGACGAAGAGACUAGUGAUGGUGAUGAGCCACCUACGCUUUGUGAUCUUAACUAUGAAGAUAAGUGGCGAGAACAUGCAUCCUCCGACUGUGCUUCAGACGACAACUCUGCACAAUCUGUAGCAGAACACGCUUUGCCCGCUAAUGUAUCGCUCAAUUUGAAAGAGUUCCUCAAUUCUCCUAACACGGAGUUAGACUAUCCGACGGUCCACAGUCUUAUGUUUCACUGGCUUCAAACGUAG